CAAGGGGCCAAGGGAUGAGCUGGGGUCAUUCUCUCCAAUGGCAUCUCCCCCUGGUCUGGAACUGAAGACAUUGAGCAAUGGUUCCCAGGUUCCAAGGAGGCCGGCCCCACAGGGCCCAGUGGAGCUACCCAGGAUGGGUGUGGAGAAUGCCUGCUUCUUCUCUGAGGAGCAGGAGACUCAUUUCCAGAACCCUGGGGGUGCCAGACUGGGUAACUCCCCCAGUCCUCCUGGAGGCGUCCCCUCACUGUCCAGGUCCCAGCGGGAUGAUCUUUCUAUGCACUCAGAGGAGGGACCAGGCCUGGAACCUGUGAGCCGCCCAGUGGACUAUGGCUUUGUUUCUGCUCUGGUUUUCUUGGUGAGCGGAAUCCUCCUGGUGGUGACAGCAUACGCCAUACCCCGAGAGGCCCGAGUCAACCCUGACACAGUGACAGCAAGGGAGAUGGAACGCCUAGAGAUGUACUACGCCCGCUUGGGCUCACAUCUGGACAAAUGCAUCAUCGCGGGCCUCGGGCUUCUCACAGUGGGUGGCAUGCUCCUGUCUGUGCUGCUCAUGGUCUCUCUGUGCAAGGGAGAGCUGUACCGCAGGCAGACCUUUGUCCCUGGCAGGGGAUCCAGAAAGACCUACGGCUCUAUCAACCUGCGUAUGAGGCAGCUCACUGGGGACGGAGGCCAGGUCCUAGUGGAGAACGAGGGUGUCCCAGUCUCAGAGACCAGCUGUGCCACCCAGGGCUCUUAAAUGACAGUUCACCCUAUUUUGCUGCUCUAGCUGCAGAGCUCAGAGGUUCCCAAAACCUGGGGCUUCAAAGUGGCAUCCACAGAGGGUGCUGUGGAUAGAGUGUUGGUGCUGGGGUGGGGGCAGCCUGGGGCCUGGCUUAGGUGGUACUCAGGCAAGCACUGCUGACGUGUU